AUGAAAAGCAGUCUCGCUAGACACAGUGUCACCAUUGCAUGUGGCUCUGGCUUUUUGCUCUUUGGUUAUGACCAGGGCGUUUUCGGCGGCUUGCUAAGCAAUAAACCGUUUCUCGAAACCUUCAACAAUCCAAGCAGCACUAUCCAAGGUCAAAUUGUCGCCACAUAUGAUAUUGGCUGUAUCAUGGGCACCGUAGUGUCCAUGAUCUUUGGUGAUAAGCUUGGCCGAAGGAAAUCCAUUCUAAUCGGCUGUGCUGUCCUCGUCGUUGGCGGGAUUCUCCAGGCCGCUUCCUACUCCCUUGCGCCCAUGAUUGCUGGCCGCAUCGUAGCUGGUGUUGGUAACGGCAUGAAUACUAUUGCGAUUCCAAUUUGGCAGGCCGAAACAGCCGCGGCUCACAACCGUGGCAAACUGAUUGUCCUUCAACUGGUCACUAACAUCUUUGGCAUCGUCAUUACCAAUUGCUUCUUCGCCAUUGUCACCAUCGCCUUAGUUUUCGUUAGCCCCGAGUCCCCGAGAUGGCUGGUUAUGACGAACAGAAUCACUCAAGCUAAAGCAACCCUUGUGCUCCUUCUCAACAAGCCCAUCGAUGACCCUGCAGUGGUUCAAGAGAUACAGCAACUUGAAGUGUCCGUCACUCAUGAAAACGAAGUACAAAGCUCGGUUACGCUUAAGGAAAUCUUCGGCGGCGGCCAACAAAUGACUUUCCGACGCAUCUUGCUAGGCGCUGGUACACCCUUUUUUCAGCAGAUGGGAGGUGUCAACGUCAUCGCCUACUACCUCCCUGUCGUUCUUGUCAGAUCUUUCGGUAUGACAGAUCGAAUGGCCUUGAUUUUAUCAGCUUGCGACAACAUGCAACUCAUGUUCUGGGGCGGCCUGGCCGCUCUCCUUAUCGAUCGCGUGGGUCGGCGACGGCUCAUGAUGUUCGGAGUUACAGCCAGUUCUCUCUGCUUCGUUGUGGUCGCCGUCGGUCUACGCUAUGACGGUCCGGGUAGCAAUAACACGAGCAUGUCGAUUUUGGCCGUCGCUUUCAUAUUCAUGUACUACGUCUUUUACGGCUUGUCAUUGCUUUCUAUUCCUUACAUGUACCCUGCCGAGAUCAACUCGCAGCGAAUGCGUAAUACGGGGACCUCUAUUGCUACUGCAGUUAACUGGAUCUUUGUCUAUGUGGUCGUUGUCAUCACACCUACGGCUAUCGACAGCAUUGGAUGGAAGUAUUGCGUUUAUGCUAUUACUAACAUCUGCUUCCUUCCCAUUAUCUGGCGUUGGUAUGUUGAGACUGCAAAUCUAUCUUUGGAGCAAAUCGACAACCUCUUUAGCAUUAAGCAUGAAGGUGGUAGGAGUAUUAGCUGGAAGGAAGCUCGACGCCUUGCCCUCAUGACGAGGCCAGCUCUGGAAGAUAUCAAGGUUCAAAAAGCUUUAACUGACCAUGUCGAGAUAACAGAGGACAAUCAAAAAGGUAAUCAUUAG